AUGAUGAACACAGCACAGAUCGAUCCCCUGUACCUACAACAAUCUGCAACACACGAUAUGUACCAUGACAUGCACAGCCAGCCCAGUGGAUCCCUCCCGAUCCCUUCCAAUCAUGACUACACAUUUCACAACUUGGCGCAUGCACAGCAGCAAUUCGCACAGGGGCAAUUCUUCCAAGCUCCUGCACAGCACUCAAUUCCACAGUCGACGAUCAAUCAGGGCUUUGACCCCAACCCUUUCUCGCACGGGGACCUGUGGGAAACUGAGUUCAAAGUCAAGGUCUCAGACCAGAACACGAUCUUCUACAAACGAGUGAACGUGAAUGUGCUGCCUCCUGCUGGUUGCGUGCAGAGACUUCUCGGCCUGAUCUUUCAUCAGGAGAGCGCAACUGAUGCUGCCAACCUUGGGAACUGCAGGCUUGUGCUCGAGAAGCCGGACGGGAGCACGCUGGAGAUCCAUUCAGACUCGGACCUUCACUACAUCGUCAGUAACGAGGCUCUGAGGAGUUCCAAGGCUUGUGUUAGACUGAGCUGCUUGAGGACAAGACGUGCUGAUUUGCCGAACGUGUGA